CACUUUAACAACUCCAACAAGAAACGCGACUAGGCGUGCUCAAAGUAUGCCAAGUAAACCUUCUUCACUAAGAAUGACAUUUUAAAAGUCAAAAUAAGAUUAAUAAUGCAACCUGCUCAGAUCCUGAACAAACAGCGGUUUUAGAGUUUACUGUCCGUGAUACUUUGUGAUGGCUACUACUGAGAUGGAAUCUGGGUCUUCAGAAAGCAAAUUAGAUCAAGAAACAGCUGACCCUGAUUCAAAAUACCCCCUGAAAGUUCUCUAUUGUGGAGUAUGCUCCUUGCCAACGGAGUACUGCGAGUACAUGCCUGAGCCAGCCAAAUGCAGACAGUGGCUUGAGAAGAACUUUCCAGAUGUUUUUGCCAGGAUGACUGUAGGUCCUGCAGCAAACGCACCCAAGAAGGAGUCCGGUUCUGGAGAAGCGCCCCCUGCAGGUGAGGAGGAGGAAAAGAAGAAACAGAAGCGAGGUGGAAGAGGCCAGAUCAAACAGAAAAAGAAGACGGUGCCUCAGAAAGUCACAAUAGCAAAAAUCCCAAGAGCCAAGAAGAAAUACGUCACACGGGUGUGUGGCUUGGCGACGUUUGACAUCGACCUUAAAGAGGCUCAGCGGUUCUUUGCCCAGAAAUUCUCUUGUGGUGCCUCAGUUACAGCAGAGGAUGAAAUAAUCAUUCAGGGAGAUUUUACAGACGACAUCAUUGACGUCAUUCAAGAGAAGUGGCCUGAGGUGGAUGACGACAGCAUUGAUGAUCUGGGUGAAGUCAAGAAGUGAAGACCAAAUAUGCACUUUUACUGAAACAGAUGUGACCUGUAACAGCAACAACUCGGCCAAAUGUACACAUUCAGUCAUUUUAUACCUUAUUUUAUUUACUGUACAUAAAACGCUGCGGACUUGGCCACUCACUUGGCAUUUUCUUCUUCUUUUUCCUUUAGUUAAUAGCUGCUUUCUCUCAUUUGCCAAAGGUGUGGUUUAACCUGAGUCCAUCACAAAUGUUCUUCACUCAAGCGACCUGUAGGCUAAUAAAUUUCAGUCUCUUUGGCCUGUA